AAAGUUGGGUUUUUGCCACGCUCCGCAUCUACCGCCUUAUGGAAUUCGCAACUGCCGAGGGAACGGACGCCGCCACUGCUGCAUUGGCUGCGUUCCCCAGGCGCUGCUGCACCCACAAUCGGAAUCCAAACCAAAACAAAAACCUUUCCUAGACUCCCCAGUCGGUGGCGACAGCCGUGUGAGAAAACCCUUCGACCGAUAACGCAGGAACAUUCUUUCCUUUUUGUCGAUUUCUUACCCGAAAAAUGCAAGUCAGUUAGUUAGGGCGAGUAGUUAUCCGGUGCAAUCCACAAACAUUUCACCCUCUUUUGAUCGGUAGGACUAACUCAUUGAAAGCUACACCAACUUCUCUUGGACAAGUCGCGCUCUUCCACGGGAUGAGACAACCCGAACUACGAAACAAUGACAACUCGGUAGAACACUGCUCGCGAAGUAGAUCGUCUUCGUCAAGAUCGAACCCGCCCGAUACAGUCCCUUGCCAAACCAAUCGGCCAAAUUCGGCUUAGUUCCAAUACGCUAGUUCGCGACGCGAUCGAUAAAAAACAAAUCCAAGCAGGCUUCCAAAGAUUUGAUUAGUGACAAGUGUAGUGACAGCACCACGCUCAUAAUCAGCGCCAAUCAUCGCGUUCUGUUGCGGGUUUUGGUUGCACGGUUUGUUUUUGCUCUAGUGACAGUGUACAGCCCCGAUUGUGUAUUGUGGAGAACUUCCGCGGCCCGGCGGCCUCUCGAGAUCCUCCUCAGAGAUACUGUUCCGCUGCUUGUCCGUCCGCGAAAACGUUUUCUAGCCGCGUUAGCCGCCCGGAGAUGUUCCUAAUCGAUCGUGUUCCGAUAUCAAUAACAGAAAAACAAAAACAAAUCAAAGCAACCCGCCGAACGCUUGCUUCGUCUCGAGACCAGACGUAAACAAUUGUGUUGGCUGCGUGCUAGCCGAUCGAAAUCGCCGGAAUCUGACGACGACGAGGUUGUUGGAACGAUCGAGAUCGCACCGGUCAGAUUCUGUCAUCAUCAAAAACCACCCAGCAACAGCAAUAACAAAAAAUACCAAAUGACAGCAACAAAACAACAACAAUCAAAAUCAACCGGCUCUCCCCACCUGUUACUUACUGUUGAUGUUGUCUUCUGAGGGGCGGCGUAGAUAAUCACCUUGCGAAUCGUCUUCUCGUGUAGUUUUGGGUAGAAAUCGCCUCUGCGUCCAAACAAAAUUUUGGGGCCCCCAAAAGCAGAUGGCGUGUGAAUGCGGUGUUACAGAUGGCGCACCGCGUGACUAAUUAGACUAUACGGUGGAAGACUUUCAUCAGACUUGUUGAGGUUUCAGGCCGAACAAAGGUGGACCCCUGGGCCAAACUCUAGGCACCCUCUCAUUCAGUACCUCAUCCGAACCCAACCCAACGCCCGGGCAAAAGGAGGUUGCCUUUCUUCGAGACCAAUAACAUUCAUGGAAGCAGGGAAAAAAAAAACCUUUGAUGAGCUAGGAAAAUUUGGCACUCAAUGCUGGGUGUCAUGCUGAGUUUGGGGCGGGCUGGCGAGAAAGUGUGUAGUGCGUUAUUUGUACCGAUCCGUUGAACAUUUGCCACUAUUAUUAUUUCCAACCAACCAACCAGCUGGUCAACAACGAGAGGGGGAGAUUCACAAAAUCUAGUACGAUUCUUAUCGCGCUGAUUUUCAUGGGGUCUUGGUAAUGAACCUCUUUUUCGCCGUUUUGGGCCCCCGGCGAGGGCCUCGCAAUCACUCAUCAUAGUUAGAAGACGGAAACGGGAAAUUUGACUUUCGCGAGUAACACUUUCGCGCAGCGGUCUUUUUUUUUCUCUCGCCAAACGGAAUUGUUCACCAUUUGAGUGAUGGAAAUCGGAUGAAUUGAAGUGCUUUUUUCCCCAGCAAUAAAAUCAAGUGAAUUAACAUGGAUAUGACCUCGGCGGCUGAGGCUCGCAGUUGGUAUGAUAGCCACAGGAUGUUGGGAGGUUCUGGGUCCGCCAAUGGGGAAUCUCCGGGUUCGUCGUCGUCUUUGGCCGCCGGUUCGGCUGCUGCUGCUGCUGCCGCGGCGCUUUUGGGUGGAGGACAUCAAACCGUGCCGGGAGUGAGUUCGAUUGCUGGAACUGCAGUCGAUCCGAUCGAGAUGGGACCCUUCUAUCCGUUGACAGAAAACGGAACCACCCACCGGCAUCACCGGUACUAUCCGAGCAGUUAUGCGCCUCACGCCUCCCGCAUGACAUCGUCCCACGUAACACCUCAAGUCUGCCGGCCGCACUUCCACACCCCCCUGUCCUGGCUCAACGGUACCACCACAGGUGAGGAUCCUCCUAAGCCAACGAUCGCUGGAACAGGAAGUGGCACCGUUGGCAUUGGCGGCAGCAGCAGCAGUAGUAGCGCCUGGAGUAGUCCCUUUGCCUGCCCUCAGGAUCCGGUCAGUUCCGACAGUAAAUUGAGUGGGCCAUCGGCCGCGGCGGCGGCGGCUGCGGCUGCUGCUGCCGCGGCUGUCGGAGGAUUGCAUCUGCAUCAGCACGCGGUUAGUCACGGGCAUGGAUUUUCGUUUCCUCCGACGCCGCCGAAAGAUUCGACGCCGGAUUCGAUUCAUACCGGUGGCAGUGGAACACCGGCCGAUUAUCAGGCCACGAUCAAUGCCUUCAUGGCGCAACAGGCCGGCACCAGUGCUGGCUUGACUCAUCAUCAUCAUCAGCAGCAGCAACAGCAGGUUCAUGGUUUGGGACAGGAUAGCUGUGCGAUGGAUGUGAAACCGUGUAUUUCCGGAGGAUCAGUGCUUCCCAAUGGGAUCGGAGGGGAGAGUCUUAGUGCUAGUGGGGUGGCCAGUGUGGGUUUGGGUGGCGGAAUUUCCCCAAAGCAUCGGGAUCCGCUGGAUGGGCUCAGUGCGUCGUCGUCAUCGGGGGGAGCUUUCGGGAGUGCUCGAAAUCAAAGUGUGUCCAGUGCGUCCGCCGGGUAUGAUCCUUUGGGGUACGGAUCAUCUGGAUCUGGGUAUGAUUCGGUAGUGGUGUCCGGAUAUGGUGCAGUUUCGGCGAUGGGCUCCACAAGCAGCCCUGCGGUUGCCACCUCGUCAUCUUCGUCGGUUUCCGGAGCGUCCUUCCAUCGGAGUCACAGCCAUCAUCAUCAACACCACCAGCAUCAGCAAAGUGGUUCGUUCUAUUCCAGUUAUGCCAAAUCCCAACAUCAACACCAACGAACUAAAUCCCGACCAAACACAGGCGAAGGUCGCGAGUGCGUCAACUGCGGGGCCACGUCUACGCCCCUGUGGCGGAGGGACGGCACCGGACACUACCUGUGCAAUGCCUGCGGAUUGUACUACAAGAUGAACGGCCAAAAUCGGCCGUUGAUCAAACCGAAACGACGGCUGGUCAGCUCACUACAAAGUGCCGCCCGACGCGCAGGAACGUCGUGUGCCAACUGCAAAACGACGACCACGACCCUGUGGCGGAGGAACCAGAGCGGGGAACCAGUUUGCAACGCCUGUGGCCUGUACUUCAAGCUGCAUAAUGUAAACCGGCCGCUGACGAUGAAGAAGGAGGGUAUCCAGACGCGCAACCGGAAGCUGUCGUCCAAAUCGAAAAAGAAGAAAGGACUAGCUGGAACGUGUCUUCCGCUCGGGGGGCACCUAAGUGACCUCAUGAAACCGCUGGACCACAACAAAUCCUUCCACGGCGCUUUCGGUGGGGCAAUGGAGAUCGAUCCUCCCGCUCCGAUAUUUAAGGUGGAUCGAUCCUACGAACGUUUUACUGAAUCGAUCUUGGAGGUCGAUCUUUUUCUGAAGAUCGAACAAUCCUAA